AACUCGAUCCCGUCGCGCCGGCACAGUAGCUCGAGUCCAGCGGAAGAGACUGUGAGAACAAUAUCAGUGUGAUCGGAGAGUUUGGACUUCACGAUCACCGAGAUGAGUCGCAGUUCUCCAGAUGUCCCGGACUUUCAGAAAUGAGCUGACCCGUUAUUCCUGCUCGUUUCCAUGGAGAACAUGAUGCGUCCUGGAAUGAUAGACAGAUAAUGAUUGCAUUGCUUGUUUCUAAUCAACUGAUGAUACUUAGGGGUUUUUUUACGCAUGAGAAGAAGACUGCAUGGACACACCAGCUCUGAAUUUAAGUCAUUAAAGCUCACCGAUAUCUAUUUUUGUAUGAAACCAUGAGCUCGUUGUUGUUUGGAGAAGGUUUUUUGGGCGGUGUGGUGAGCGGCGCGCCGUCGGACACGGUUCCCAGAGCGCUGCGCAACGACCUGGGAUCCAACAUCCAUGUUCUCAAGACCCUCAAUCUGAGGUUCCGCUGCUUCCUCGCCAAAGUCCAUGAGCUGGAGAGAAGGAACAAACUUCUGGAGAGCCAGCUGAAGCAAGCCUCCAGUCAGCCGAGGCACACGGGCUUCACCUUCACGCGUGAAGUCGCUGUCCAGACGGACUCUCUGGAAUCCAGACUUCCAGGCACCAUCUGGAGUUUUACGCAUAUUUUGAGACACGGAGAGCGCGUGAAGACUGUCCAGGGGCCCGGGGUCACCUGGACCCAUCCGGACGGGGUUGGGGUCCAAAUCGACACCAUCACCCCAGAACUGAGAGCCUUGUAUAACGUUCUGGCCAAAGUCAAACGGGAGCGGGAUGAGUACAAGAGAAAAUGGGAGGAGGAGCUGUCGAGAAGAGAACAGAUGGAGUCGAUGGUGCAGACGCUGCAGGAGAACGUAAACGAAUCCGAAGCCAUUCAGGACGAGUUGAACGAGAAGGUCGAAAGACUGAAAGCUGAACUGGUGGUCUUCAAGAGCCUUAUGAGUGAUGCUGGCGGACGGAGCCACUCUAGAGCCGUAGAAAACCGGAGGAAAAUCCUGGACCUGAAACAAAUGUCCGACCUUGACACCAAGAUUCAGGAGAAAGCCAUGACGGUGGACAUGGACAUCUGCAGGAGAAUAGACAUCACAGCCAAACUGUGUGACGUGGCCCAGCAGAGGAACUCAGAGGACAUGUCCAAGAUGUUCAACCUCAGUCCAUCCAGAGCACCAGCAGACAGGAUGGCUGUGGUGUGCAAAAAGAAGGAGAAGAAGCCAGUAUCGGAUGAGGAAAGCUCAGAGAUGGAUGCGGAUCCCAGCACUUCGGAGGAGGACGUCCCGUUCAACAUCACAGACCAGAUGAAACGCAUGCUCAACCAUCUACAUUGUUCAGAUAACUCAUUUGUUGCUAGGCGGGAGACAUUUGAGAUCGAUGAUGACUGUGACAGUUUGACGUGGGAAGAGAACGAUGAUACGCUGCUGCUAUGGGAGGAUUUCACCAAUUACAACAUGCCCUACAGCCUUAACAACAGCACCGGUGCCCUCGACAGCAACGGAGACGCACACGACACUGAUUGCAGUCUGGGAAAUCUCAUCGAUGAGACCGAGUCUGUUUUCAAGACCAGAGAGCAGGAAUAUCAGAAGACAAUCGGACAAAUCGAGAUGGAGUUGGCCACGGCUAAGAGUGACAUGAACAAACAUCUGCAUGAGUACAUGGAGAUGUGCAGCAUGAAACGAGGGCUGGACGUGCAGAUGGAGACGUGCAAGAGAAUGAUCAAGGGUGGCAGAAAUUCUCUUUCCAUCAGCUCAUCCGCGAGCAGUGACUCAGGGAACACUGAAGAGAUACAAGACGAGUCGGACAAGGACGGAGAGACGGAGGGGCCAAUCAGCUGAUACCUGCCCAGUCUGGCCCCGCCCUCUUCCCCCCACGAGCUCCAAUCAGCUCUCAGGCCUCCCAGCAAUUGGCCAAUGGCCUUACACUGAGGGACAGAGCCCACUCCCUCAAACCCCAAAUCCUGUAGGUGCUUUAACGUCUCCGUGUCAGAGUGUCAAUAUCAAUGCGUCACACGGUGCCACAGCUGUCACGGGACAGCCUAACUACGAAUCAGAUCGAUCCCAGCUAAAAUACAUAACACAAUACACUUGAUCAAACCCGAAAUCAAGCCCAUAUCUCGAUAAGAAACCGGAAAACGUUCACACAAUGUGAGUGAUACACAAGACUGAAAGCCGAUCAGACCAAAACGGACUGAACUCGCUGCGAUCGAACACAUCAGAAUGAGUUCUUUAAUAUUUGUGGCUUUUUAUUUUUCUAAAAACUAUUUCAGAAAUCAACAGUUUACUGCAGAAACACUUUGGCCUUUAAGCCUCGAACCCAGUUUGCGAAUGUGGAAACAGCUCAUGUUCUAUGCAAUCGGCCUUAUUUUGUGAUCUGUGUUUUCCCAGCUAACAAAAAUACGCUCUAAGAAUGUUUUGCUAACGUUCCCAGCUAGUUUUGAAAAUGUUAUUCCUGAAUGUUCUCUGAACAUCAAAAUAUCCAGGUUUCAUCAAAUUGUUGUAACCCUCUGGUGCUCUUCAGUAAUUUUUUACCCACAAAUUGUUUAAAAAAAAUUUUUUUUUAGAAUUUUUAAUUCAUCAGAAUAGAAUUAAUCUUGGUAAAGGAUUUGGCAAUUGCUAUGUGAAAAAAAAAAUCAUGAUCAAAAAAAUCAAAUAUAUGGACAUGAUUCAAAAAGAUUAAAUGGUUGUGAAAAAAAUAGUCCCAUUUUUUGCAGUCAAAAAUGUCCGCAUUGGAAAUGAAUGGGAAACGAAUUUCAUCUAGUGGAAACGUUUGGUACUGCGCUCAAAGAAAAUCUUACUGAAAGCUCGUUUUUUUGUGAUAUAAACUUCAAAUUCGGAACACAACUUGUUUACGAUUAUGGUUUUAAUUAUAUUGCAGUUUUAGAGUAAAACAUGUUUCGGAAAAUAUGUAUUAUAACAAUAAAGUUAAGCACCAGAAGGUUAAAACCUUUUUUUCCCCCUGGUUAUGCGAACGUUAAGGGAACAUUCCAUUUUCUCAUUUUGCGAACAUUAUGGAAAUGUUACUUUUGAAUGCUCUCUCAACGUUCUGAAACAAUUAGUAACAUUUAAAAAAAAAAAAAUGUCAGAUGAAUGUCCAACUGAAAGAUUUCAGAAAAAAACGUUUUGAGAACAUUCUUAAAAACCAGAUAACUUUAAACAAGCAUUCUAUUAACGUUACUGAAAGAACGUUUGUUGAUAACUUUGAGAAAACCUUGCCAGAACGUUAGCAAAACGUUCCCUGUUAGCUGGGUUUGAUUUGCCUUAGGCGAUUUCAUGUGUUAUGUACUACGUUCACAUGUUUUAAUGUUUACACACUUAAUGGCAGAAUCUGUGGAACAGUGUCCCAUCAUUUUAAGCAGCAACCAAUGAUGAUUGAAGCUUUUUUAAGAGUUACACACAUCAGUAUCUCAAAUAUUAAAGAACUAUGUGCCUAUAUAUACACAUUGCAGGUUCAUUUUGGAUGGCCUUA